CUAGAGGUGUCUGGGUGAAUAAUCGUCGGUAGUUCAGGAGGCAUGUCUGGAGCAUUUUCUAGCUGGCAUCUUUUAAAGCCAAUCAUAAAUUGGCUAAUGUUACUCAUUUUGCUAACAGUCAGUUUUGCAUCUACAGAUCCAGAUGUUGAAGGUGAAGCAUUGAUCGAUUUGCUUAGGGCACUGAAUGAUUCCAGCGGCCGAAUAACAGAUUGGAAUUAUAAUCUCGUUAGCCCCUGUUUUAGCUGGUCUCAUGUCACUUGUAGAAAUGGAAAUGUCAUAUCCCUGAGCCUGGCAUCAAAUGGAUUUUCUGGAACGCUUUCUCCUUCGAUUACUAAACUGAAAUUUUUGGCUAGCCUGGACUUCCAGGAUAAUAGUCUAACAGGCCUGUUACCCAUUUAUCUUGCCAACAUGACACAUCUACAGAAUCUAAAUCUUGCAAACAAUAAUUUCAGAGGUCCUAUACCCAAUACCUGGGGUCAACUGUCCAAUUUAAAGCAUUUGGUAUUGAGGGGUAACCACAUAUCUGGACAUAUUCCGGAUACACUUUCAAAUAUUAGCGGGUUGACUGAACUGGAUCUUUCAUCGAAUGAGUUAACCGGAAGAGUUCCAAUGCAAUUCUUUACAAUUCCAAAAUUCAAUUUUACAGGAGCACGUCUUGCUUGUGGUUCUAGCUUGAAGCAGCCUUGUGCUUCUGGCUCUGUUCUCCGAGUUUCAACCAAGAAAUCAAAACUUGGAACGGUUAUAACUUCGGCAAGUUGUGGUGUAACAGUAAUUCUUUUGAUUGGGGCUCUUUUCGCUUAUCGAUAUUAUCGCAUGCACAAACUAACACAUGAUGUCUUUGUUGAUGUUACAGGUGAAGAUGAGUGCAAAAUUUCCUUUGGCCAGUUAAGAAGAUUUUCUUGGCGUGAAAUUCAGCUUGCUACAGAUAACUUCGAUGAAAGCAACAUAAUUGGACAAGGGGGCUUUGGAAGAGUUUACAAAGGUGUCCUCUCAGACAAUGUAAAGGUUGCAGUGAAACGCCUUACAGAUUAUAACAGUCCUGGUGGAGAGGCUGCAUUCUUGAGAGAAGUACAACUCAUUAGCGUUGCAGUUCACAAGAAUCUUUUACGGUUGAUUGGAUUUUGUACAACUUCAUCCGAGAGAAUCCUUGUUUAUCCAUUCAUGAAAAAUCUUAGUGUUGCGUAUCGCUUGAGAGAUUUAAAACCUGGUGAGAAAGGCUUGGACUGGUCAACAAGGAAACGCAUCGCUUUUGGUGCAGCCCAUGGCUUAGAGUAUUUACAUGAGCAUUGUAAUCCUAAGAUUAUACACCGUGACUUAAAGGCUGCAAACAUUCUUCUAGAUGAUAAUUUUGAGCCCGUUCUUGGAGAUUUUGGGCUAGCAAAGCUGGUUGAUACAAAAUCAACUCACGUUACCACUCAAGUGCGUGGUACCAUGGGUCAUAUUGCCCCAGAAUAUUUGUCCACUGGAAAAUCGUCAGAAAAGACUGAUGUUUUUGGAUAUGGUAUCACACUUCUCGAACUUGUCACUGGUCAGCGUGCUAUAGAUUUUGCUCGGCUUGAAGAAGAGGAGGAUGUUCUUCUGCUUGAUCAUGUAAGAUUUAUAGUCUCCUAUAUGACUUCCUGAACUCUUUGGACAUAUCUGUACUUGAUGGGAUUCUUGUCCGUUAAAAUGGCACCUCUCCUUUAUGGCAGCUUUUAUCUUUUUAUCUUCUAUCAGUUAGUUUGUCAAGUUUUUUGCAUUUCUGCUUUUUUCUCCCAGAUAAUCGAUAUGCAUAAUUGAUGAGCGAGUACAUAAUUAGUUCAUUUCUCAAGUUUUCUCUGCCUUUCUCUGAAGAUUUAUAUAAUCCUUCAUGGGAUUGUUAGAAAAGGAUGUCUACCCCUUUUAGUUGGUGAGCAUGCCACUAUUCAAUUUUACGAACUAGUAGUAGAAAUUAUGGGUCAAUGGAACCUUUUCUCUAGGCUAGGGA